AUGGCCGGGGCCUCGCCGGCGGCCACGCUGCCGGCCGUGGCGGAGGAGCUCCUGAGCGAGAUGGCGGCGGCGGUGCGGGAGAGCGCGCGCGUUCCUGAUGAGCAUCUAUUAUUGCUGAAGUUUGUCUUUGGCUCAUCAGCCCUCCAGGCCUUGGACCUAGUUGAUCGGCAGUCCGUCACUUUAAUCUCAUCGCCCAGUGGGAGGCAUGUGUACCAGGUACUUGGAAGUUCUGGUAAAACAUACACAUGUUUGGCUUCUUGUCAUUACUGUUCAUGUCCUGCGUUUGCCUUCUCCGUGCUCCGGAAGAGUGACAGCCUACUGUGCAAGCAUCUCUUGGCAGUUUAUCUUAGUCAGGUUAUGGGGAACUGCCAGCAGCUAAGUGUCUCGGAUAAGCAAUUGACCGACAUGUUAUUGAUGAAGAAACAGGAAGCAUAA